AUGGCGGAACGCCUCCAAACUAAUCGCCACACCACCAGAGGUAACUCGGCAAUCAUAAGCGAUUACAAAUAUGUCAAACAAGAAUUUACUCUGCGUUUCACUGCUCAGGAACGUAUCAGAUACGAAAGUCAGCUUAAGGUCUUAAGCCAGAUCAUGACGUCUUCGGAGAUAAUGCAACACCUAGCCGAACUCCCCGAAUCGGAUUUGUCUCUCAAAUUGAAAGUCAUCAAUCCUAACGAUGUUCCCGUUCAAGAAUUGACACAAGGAAUUCAACAAUGCCUUGACCGUCUUAUGGUCAACGUCAGAGAAGAGCUUUUCCAAGCAAAAUCCCUGACCGAGCAAUCGACGGAAAGGGCAAAGGAAUAUCUUGAUUCCCAAGACGACAUAAAUGUGAUACAAACCAGAAUGGCCAAUGAAGUUCAAUUGCUUUCGUCGGUUGAGAAAGACCUCAAAGCCCUUACAUCAACUGCGAGUCGUUAUGUUGCCUUAGCUGCUGCCAAACAACACCGCAUCAUCGCAGGGAUGGUAUUCUUUCCCAAUAUCAAGAUUAAUGAGGAAGCGCAACGAUUACUUUGUGAUCUUUUCGACGAUGAUUUACCGGAGCUGUCCCCCACAAAGGAGACAGCUCUAGCCUUGGUCCAUUUGGGACAAUCCAAGGUGCCUCCAAAACAUGUUUCUAAAAACAUCUGGCUUGAGAACCAGGAAUUCCUAGUUCCAUCUAUCUAUUCCUUCUUCUCAUCUUCGUGCGAUAAGUCUAAGAAGCUCUUCGAGAAAGCCACUUCAGAAGGCUAUACUGGGCCAGACCCAGGUAGCCACCUCACUUAUCUCAAACAGCAACAUGAUGCCCACCUCAAACACGCUGCUGCUUACCCUCUGAGACAGCCAGCUUAUGACAUCGUGGGCAUGCAAUGUACAAUUCAAUAUGCUCAACAAUUUUGUCCAGUAUGCCUUGAGACGGACCAUACCUUGAGUGGAUGUACUGAUCCUCGGAAAGGCUGCAAAAUAUGCCUGGCCACUACUCACUCUUCUUAUCGGUGUUGGAGACGUUGCGCUUGUCGGUAUGCUAGACACCUCAAAGGCUCCCCGGCUUGUCCUCUCUCCCGCACCAAAGAGGUACCUCCUCCACCACCCACCGAUUCAACUGAUGACUUUACCCUCGUUACCAAACGUGGCCAGAAGCGUCACCAUGUCACGAUGGAACAGGCUAACAGGAAAAUGGAUAACCCAUCCUCAACAAUGAGGCCACCCAACCCCUUUGGAGCAUUGAACCACUUCUCAGAAGAAGAUGUAACUGAAGAAUCCUCAAUGGAUUCCGUCCCCAAAGAUUCGUCACUUGAAAUUGCUGACAGCGUUGAUCCCCCCACUCAGUCUCCCUUUGCUGAACCAGUUCCCACACUGGUUGAUCUCCGAGAGGCUGUCCAGGAAACCACCGAAUCAACUAUCCAUUCUUCAACCACCACAGACGCGGCCUACAAUGAACCCCAAAUUGAAUCUGCCACAGGAGCUGAGUUUGGUUCUCAGCCACUUCCUGUCGACCAUACCGCCGAUUGGACUGGUCAACAAGACGUUCUUAUGGAAAGCUCAGUAUCCCUGAACCUUCUCAGCCUACUGACCCUUCCGCCCCUCAACAAAAGGCUACUUCCGCUUACCUUCUACCAACCACAACUCCCAUGGAGGUCUCCAUACCUCUCACACCGGUCUCUCGUCCGAGAAUGCACCACGAGCCUGCUGUCAUAA